AUGAGAGCAUGGAAGACCCGAGCACAAACAAUAGCUAUUCUGUUUAUAAGAUCUUUUACGACGCUCCUCUGCUAUAUGGAUAUCCGGAUAGAACCAAGGGCAUCGGGAAUGGAAGACCCAGAUGGCGACAAUUUACGGGACGGAGGAUACGACCCCAUAAGAAUAGCACUGAAACCCAAGAGCGUAAACUAUAUCCGAGCUGGCAGUUAA